ACACUCAGCUUAGGCCAGCCUAUGUGUCUGCUUCUCAAUUCUUCCUGUGCUGUUCUAGGCUCCAUGGCGCUCUUAUUGACUGCGGUCAUUGUUCUUACCUGCUUUGGUGGCCUCGCCUCCCCGGGCCCUGUGCCUCACCCUACAGCCCUCAAGGAGCUCAUUGAAGAGCUGGUUAAUAUCACCCACAACCAGAAGGUGCCGCUGUGCAAUGGCAGCAUGGUGUGGAGCCUCAACCUGACGAACAGCAUGUACUGCGCAGCCCUGGACUCCCUGAUCAGCAUCUCCAACUGCAGCGUCAUCCAAAGGACCAAGAGGAUGCUGAGUGCGCUCUGUUCUUACCAGCCCUCAGCUAAGCAGGUUUCCAGUGAGUACGUCCGAGACACCAAAAUUGAAGUGGCCCAGUUUUUAAAGGACCUGCUCAAACAUUCAAGGAUCGCUUUUCGCAACGGAAAAUUCAACUGAAAUAUGAAAAGCUAGCAUUAUUAUCUGCAGAGGCAGAUCCUGACCAUCUAAGUUGCAGAUUUAUUUUUCUUUCAGAUGUCAGAAAUUCCUUGGGGAGACUAAAGGAGGGUUAGGGAGGGGGGAUAAGAUGUCCUUAGCUUAGACUUGAGCCUGCACUGCCGGCCUUGAGCCUAGCCAACUUCAGCUGCCCUGUACCUUGAUAUCCGGGGCUCCGCCCUGCAGGCCUCCUCCAUCCAGGACUCCGAGCUCGGUGGACAAGGGUGGACCUUGCCCCACAUGACCUCUCCCUCCUCAGAACAAACUGUAGUGUUUGUUAGACACCUGGUGGAGGAGUCACCUGCUUUACACAGGGGCAACUGAGGCAGAGAGCAGCCCAGGCACGUUCCUUCUUGGCCUUAUUUAUUAUUGUGUGUUAUUUAAACAAGUGUUUUUGUCUGUACUGGGGUUAGGAGGGACUGUUACUGCCAGAACUUGGAGCCUUGGGGCUCCAGCACUAAAGCAGUGGGCAUUAGGAAUCCCUGGCAGUAAGUACUGUAUGCAAACUUCUGCUACCUCACUAGGGUCCUGGGGCCAAGGCAGAGGACAGGAGAGAGGGCCAGAGUAGCCACUCUUGUCUGACAGCCAGCAGUGGGCCCUCAGCCAAGUAAUUUAUUAUUUUUCCUUGUAUUUAAAGUUAAGUAUUAAAAUAUGUUAUCAAAGAGUUAAUAAUAUAUAGAAGUCUAGAACACUGCAUAUGGUAUGUGUGGACUGAGUGGGGGGGUCACUGAAUAAACUGUUUCAUUGAUUUUGUCAAGCUAAAAGCUAAAAUAAAGAUGGUGAC